GGAUGGGCUCACGGGCCACCCCCGCCUCGCGAGUCCCGACGGCCCUAUAUUCCCGCGUUUAGGCCCCCUUCCUGGGCCCGAGGAGGGAGGCGCUGGCCGCGCCCUGCGGGCUGCGCCCGGACCCCUCCGUACCGCCUCGGAGAUUGCCGAGUGGGAUUCCGAAUGUUCUUAGAGCCCCUGGAGGCUGAUCGGUGUCCAGGCCGAAGGAGACUUGUCUGCGACAGCGCUGUCGCUGCUUGGUUGGCGCCGCCCUUGGCGGCUGCUCCACUUGUCCGAGGGUCCUGAGAAUACCGAUCCUGCAGCAGUCCCAAGUUGUAGCCACGAAUGGGGACGACCUCGUGCCUCUUGGGGCCUGUGAGAUCCAGAGGGCCCGGACAUCCGAGCUGUAGCACAGCACAUGUCUGCCUGCACGUGGCUCCCACAGGGAGCUUCCCUCUUCAGGGCUCUCAGUCCCAGGGCUCAGUAGGGAUCCCUUGGGUGAGGGCCUGGAACUUAGAGGCACAGCAGACAGUAGGGGUUUAGUGUUGGCCCUCCAGUUUGGGUCUGGGUUCGGUGCCUCUGCUGGGGAAGGCAUCUUUGUGCCUUUAUCUCCCCGAGGAGCAGGCUGCGUUCCCAUUUAGUCUCCUAUUUGGAGUGGGGUCCUUUCAGAAUGCCCCCCCUGAGGCCGCAGGGGCAGGUGGCUGGUGAGUCUGAGGGAGCUGCCCCUGCUAUUCAGACUCACCAGCCACCCCUUCUUGUCCUGCUUCCUGCACUCUGAGGUCUGGUACUGUCCAGGCUGUCAUAAUCCUGCCUACCCACAGGUGUCCCAUACCCAAUCUAGAGGUGAGCAUGGCAGAACAGGAACCCACAGCCGAGCAGCUGGCCCAGAUUGCAGCUGAGAAUGAGGAAGACGAACACUCAGUGAACUACAAACCCCCGGCCCAGAAGAGCAUCCAGGAGAUCCAGGAGCUGGACAAGGAUGAUGAGAGCCUGCGCAAGUACAAGGAAGCCCUGCUGGGCCGCGUGGCUGUCUCUGCUGACCCCAAUGUCCCCAACGUCAUCGUGACUCGCCUGACCCUGGUGUGUAGCACUGCGCCAGGCCCCCUGGAGCUGGACCUGACAGGUGAUCUGGAAAGUUUCAAGAAGCAGUCCUUUGUGCUGAAGGAGGGUGUGGAAUAUCGGAUAAAAAUUUCCUUCAGGGUGAACAGAGAGAUCGUGUCAGGCAUGAAGUACAUCCAGCACACAUACAGGAAAGGUGUCAAGAUUGACAAAACUGACUACAUGGUGGGGAGCUAUGGACCCAGGGCAGAGGAGUAUGAGUUCCUGACGCCCAUGGAGGAAGCACCCAAGGGCAUGCUGGCUCGGGGCAGUUACAACAUCAAGUCCCGCUUUACAGAUGACGACAAGACUGACCAUCUGUCAUGGGAGUGGAAUCUCACCAUUAAAAAGGAGUGGAAGGACUGAGCCCCUGCCAGGAGGCAGGCAGGGCAGACGGACAGACGGACGUGUCCCACCCCACUCCCCUCCCCAUCCCAAACCAAAGUGCUGACAGGGCCCCUUCCCUGCCACCAUCCCACCUGGCCCACAGGAAGCUCCUCAACCCUCCCUCUCCCACCCUCCCGCCUGCA